AGUCCACCCCUGUUCCCCCGCCUCCGCCGUUCGCAGCUUCCAUAUUCAGCUUCGUCAACCAUGGAGUGAUGCCAUGACGAAGAAGCACAGGCCCGAAAGCCAAGAAUAAUUGUAUUACAGUUCGGCUUUGUCAUGCGCCAGAAGAUAUUCAUGAUCGACUUUCUCAGUCCUAUCUUGUUCAAGUAAAAUCCUUCCUCUGUCGGGUUCCCCAAAUGGGUCCUCUAAAACCCCUUGGUAGCCGUCCACUUUCAUCCCUCUGUUCACCCUCCGAUGCCCAUGUCGCAUAUAAAGCAAUUACAUAUCUUAAACGCCAUCCUCAACAACUGAAUUCUCUAUCUUCCCAGUUCACUCCCGAGGCAGCUUCUUAUCUACUCUUGAAGUCCCAAUUCGACCAGCCUGUUACCUUGAAAUUCCUCGAUUGGGCCGGAAGGCACCAUUUUUUCACGUUCCAAUGCAAGUGUCUCGCCCUCCACAUUCUCACCCGCUUCAAGCUUUACAAGUCAGCUCAGAGCCUCGCCGAGGAUGUAGCCCUAAAUGCGAUCGACGACACCGGCGAAUUGGUCUUUCAAUACCUGAAGGAUUCGUAUCAUUUAUGCAACUCGAGCUCGGCAGUCUUUGAUUUGGUGGUUAAGUCCUAUUCUCACGUGAACUUGAUUGAUAAGGCCAUGAAUAUUGUUAAUCUAGCUAAAGCUAAUGGAUUCAUGCCUGGCGUGCUAUCGUAUAAUGCGAUCCUAGAUGCUGUUCUGAGGUCGACUCGUUCUCUUAAAUUAGCUGAGGAUGUUUAUAGUGAGAUGAUUAAAACUGGAGUGUCGCCAAACGUCUAUACAUAUAAUGUUCUUAUUCGUGGUUUCUGUGGGGAAGGUAACUUAGAAAUGGGGUUUUAUCUCAAACAUAAAAUGGAGAAAGAUGGGUGUUUGCCGAAUGUAGUUACCUAUAACACAUUACUCGAUGCAUAUUGCAAGAUGAGGAGAAUGGAUGAAGCAUUCAAGUUAUUAAGAUCGAUGCCUGGGGAGGGAGUGGAGGCAAAUUUGAUUUCGUAUAAUGUGGUCAUCAAUGGAUUGUGUCGAGAAGGGAGGAUCAGGGAAACUAAGCAGGUAUUUGAGGAGAUGAACAGGAAAGGUUUUUCUCCAGAUGAGGUGACUUAUAAUACACUUGUCAAUGGGUUUUGUAAAGAAGGAAAUGUUCACCAGGCUUUAGUUUUGCAUGCGGAGAUGGUGGGGAAGGGGUUAUCACCAAAUGUUGUUACGUACACCACAUUAAUCAAUAGUAUGUGCAAGGCAAAGAAUCUAAACCGAGCAAUGGAAUUCUUAGAUCAGAUGCGUGUUCGAGGACUCAUUCCAAAUGGGAGAACAUAUACGACAUUAGUUGAUGGGUUCUGCCAGCAGGGAUUACUGAAUGAAGCUUAUAAGGUUGUGAGUGAAAUGAUUGUAAGUGGAUUGUCACCUUCGAUUAUAACCUAUAAUGCACUUAUCAAUGGACAUUGCAUCUUGGGAAGGAUAGAAGAUGCAAAAGGAAUCCUAAGGGAUAUGGUUGAGAAGGGAUUAUCCCCUGAUGUCGUGAGUUAUAGUACUGUCAUAUCCGGAUUCUGCCGGAAUCAAGAGUUGGAAAAAGCAUUCCAAAUGAAGCUGGAGAUGGUUGAGAACGGUAUCUCACCUGAUACUGUUACAUAUUCAUCACUUAUACAAGGUCUCUGUCAGCAAAGAAAACUGGUGGAAGCUUUUGAUCUCUUUGAAGAGAUGUUGCAUGGUGGUCUCCCACCUGAUGAAUUUACUUAUACUACUUUGAUAAAUGCUUAUUGUGUGGAAGGUGAAUUGAGUAAGGCUCUUCAUUUGCAUAAUGAAAUGAUACAGAAAGGUUUUCUGCCGGAUGACAUCACCUAUAGUGUACUCAUUAAGGGACUCAAUAAACAAGCUAGGACAAGAGAAGCCAAGAAGCUUCUUCUGAAGUUGUUCUAUGACGAGUCUGUACCUAAUGAUUUGACAUAUAAUACUCUGAUUGAAAACUGCAGUAAUAUUGAAUUUAAGAGUGUGGCAUCUCUUGUCAAAGGAUUUUGCAUGAAGGGAUUGAUGAAUGAAGCAGAUCAAGUUUUUGAGAGAAUGCUUCAGAAGAAUCAUAAGCCUGAUGAGGCAGUUUAUAAUGUUAUAAUACAUGGACAUUGUAAAUGUGGAAAUGUUCAGAAGGCAUAUAAUCUGUGCAAGGAGAUGGUGCAUUCAGAUUUUAAUCCUCAUGCAGUGACUGUUGUGGCUCUCGUGAAAGCUCUCAUUGGAAAGGGGAUGGUUAAUGAGGUGAGUCGAGUAAUACAGAACACAUUGAGGAGCUGUAGGCUUACUGAUGCGGAGCUGGCUAAAGCACUUGUUGAAAUCAACUAUAAAGAAGGGAAUAUGGAUGUUGUUUUGAACGUACUAACUGAAAUGGCCAAGGAUGGUCUGCUACCUAAUGGCGGAGACUAUUCACAUCCUGCAACAAGUACCUGAUGUCUUUGAUUCAAUGCCUCAAAACCCUUACCUUGAAGUUGGAAGUUCAAGCCCUCUUUUAUUGCUACCAUCCAGCACGAUUGGGGGAGGAAGCUUGGAUUCCUUGUUUUCUUUUCUUUUUCUGGAGCUCUGCUAUAGUUGCAGAGUACCUCCUGGCCCAGACCUAAGUCAAGGCCCCGACAAACACGCAGAUUAGUCAAGAACCGCUAUGACUAGUACGAAACCCAACCAAAUUAUUUAAACGAAACACGCGGAGUAGAUGAAUAUCCCGAGGGGAAUGACGAGGCCAAGUUGGGCAAGGCCACCGAUAAUGCAAGCUGCAGGUAGAUUGAACUCUAGACCCUGGGAAAAAUGCGAGCACGUGGUAACACAGUCAUGAAAUGAUCACUCAGACGGUCAAAACACAUUGAUGGGAGCGGGAGGCAUGGAAGUCUUGGAGUUCAAUUUAUGAAAGCAGGCAAAGCGCCGGUGUUUUUGGUUGACCCCAGUAAUGUUAACUUGUUAGCAUUGCCAAAUUGUUGAACAAGACGGUACCAUCAUCAAGAUAUACGCAAUAAUUUGUUUUACAAUUGGUGGUUAUAUAGACAUAUAGAUCUGAUUUAUUUCUUGGCGUUUGCGUGCCACCUCUCCAUCUCCAAUGUCAAAAUGCAAAUUAACUUUCCUCAUAGAUUUCA